ACUUCACCACCAUCCAGUUCCGGUUCCACUUAGCAUCACAGGCAAGCACAUUAGCUGCAACGACGACGGCGGGAAGUUGUCAUCUUCGAUUCCCCACCGAUUCUGCGCUGAUAACACACCAAAUCGGCUACAAUCGGGAUUCAAGUAAAGGACAAAACAGAUGGAUUUGUAACUGGAAAGAGGCCAACAGUACUUGAAAAGAUCGGCGUCGCGGUAUUUAGCCAACAUGGCUAACAUGGGGGGCCAGGCCAUGAACAAGCCUGCAAACAAACAUGGCAACGUACUGCCCCUGUGGGGCAACGAAAAGACUAUGAAUCUCAACCCGAUGAUUCUUACCAAUGUCCUGUCCUCGCCGUAUUUCAAAGUUCAGCUUUAUGAGCUUAAGACGUACCACGAAGUUGUGGAUGAAAUCUAUUUCAAGGUGACUCACGUUGAGCCAUGGGAGAAAGGAAGUAGAAAGACUGCAGGUCAGACUGGAAUGUGCGGAGGGGUUCGUGGAGUUGGCACGGGUGGCAUCGUGUCAACCGCCUUCUGUCUACUAUACAAACUGUUUACGCUCAAGUUGACGCGCAAACAGCUGAUGGGCCUCAUCACACACACGGACUCUCCCUACAUCCGAGCACUUGGCUUCAUGUACAUACGAUACACACAACCCCCAGCCGAUUUAAUAGACUGGUAUGAUGACUUCAUGGAUGAUGAGGAGGUAUGUCAUGCCUGGUGUGCAACCAGGCCUCCUUUGCUUUUCUGCAUUCUACCUAAUUGUAAUAUUCACAUAUCUCAAGAAUUCCUAAUCCUAAACAACUGGUUAAUUCCCCUGUUUUUUUCUUUAGAUGCCCAUUGUGCUGCAGGUGAAUUGGAUAGUGUAUCUCAGCACUGUUGGUUUGCGUGUGAGCUGGACGUGAAGGCGGGCGGAGGCUGCGUGAUGACGGUCGGCGAGAUGCUGCGCUCCUUCCUCACCAAACUAGAGUGGUUCUCUACUCUGUUCCCUCGCAUCCCGGUGCCUGUGCAGAAGAGCAUCGACCAGCAGAUGAAGAGCAGGCCCCGGAAGGUGCCUCAGAAGGAGCCCCAGGAGGAAGAUGAGGCCUUUGACGAACCGGGGCGGCAAGGGGAACGUCGUCGUUCCAGGAGCCCCAGGCGGACACCAACCCCCAGACGCUCUCCAAAGCGGUCGAGGAGCAGGAGUCACCACCGGGAGCGAGACCGCCACGGCCCCAGCUACGACCGCGAGCUGGAAAGGGAGCGGGAACGUCAGAGGAAGGAGAGGGAUGCCAGGGAGCGGGAUAGGGAAAGGGUAGAGAGGGAGAGGAGACGAUCUCGCAGCGUGGAACGAAACCACCAAGAGCGACGCGAGCGGCGAAGAAGCCGUAGCGGCAGCCGGGACAAAAGGAGCGAGCGCAAGGAGAAGGAGCGCGACGGAGGCGACGACAGGAGCAAGAGGAAGGAACGGGACCACCACAGGGAGCGACCCGCCGAGAGGGACAGGUCCAGGGAGAGGAAGAGCAAAGGGGAAAAUGACGAAAAGAGGCACAAAGAGGACAGGGAGAGGCACAGGGAAGAGCGCAAGGCCAAGAGGUCGAGCAGGAGUCGCAGCCGGGAGAGGCGGCACAAGAGCGGCGGCGGCGGCGGCGAGGAAAAGAGCAGGAAAAGCGACAGCAGUCACAGUAGAGAGAAAGAACGAGACGGAGAGCAACGCCCGCACAAACGCAGUCGCAGCCGAGAGAGGAGCCAUCACCCGAGAGAGACCAACAACGACCACAGCAAACACGGCGACAGACGAAGGAGUCCCAGUGUUGAGUAAUGUCACGUUUUUUUUUUUUUUUUUCCUUCUAUCCACUUCUUGUCUCAGACUGAAUGCCACCUGGAAUCGUCGUUUGGUUUUUGACCUUUUCACGUCCUAGUAAGCUAUCAGGAUUUUUAAUUUUUGUACGGUUCAUUGUUUUGACCCCUGGAAAAUGUUUUUUUUUUUGUAUAUACUGUUUCAAAGACACACCAGGCAGGAGUUGCAUUCUUUCAUGUGGCGGCAACAGUCAGGCCUAGCCUACAUGCUACAAUGUUUGUCCUCGUACCUUGAUUUCUGUUGAAAAAGAAAAUGUCACUUAUGCAUCAAUGAUCUUUGAGAAGGAGAUAAGCGAUUCUGUUCCUGAUUCUGUAGACCUCCUGAGAAUGUUGUAAUCCCCUCAAGUAGAGUCCGCAAAGGGUUCAGCUGAGACCCCUGCUUGUCAUGUGUCUGGGUUGUUGCUCUCUUGCAUUUUGUUUUCUAAUAAAACACUUUUAUGAAUAA